AUGGUGACGAUGCUCUCGACCGCACUGGUUGUGCUCGCUCUGUGUGACGUCACCGCGCUCUCUGUGCGCGCGGAGGAAGCGCUGACGCCGUCGAGCGAGCGAGAGGUGAGUGAGUUACGUUCGGAAGAGAGCGCGGCGUUCGCGGAGUUGCGAGCGAUGGACGAGACGGAGCGCGCGGUGGAACGCGAGGCGGCGGAGCGCGAGAGCGAGUUGCAGAGAGAGGAGGCAAAGGUGAAGCAAGAGAUGAAGGAGACGCCGAAGAACGACCGAAAAGGGAAGAUGCGACGGUUAAGGGAGAUACAGGAGGAGCUGGAGAUCAAGCAGCUCGAGCUCGAGGGGGCGGAGAACGAGCUGCUGAAGAGCGAUCAGACGGUGCAGGUAUUGCAACAGGAGCUCGAGUUGAGGACCAAGCUGUACGAGCUGAUGAAGGUGGAGCGUGACAAGGCGGUCGAGGAGGCGAGACUCGCGAGUGGGUUGUGUGCCCAGGUUGGUGGGUUCUAG